GACACAACUACCAGCCAUGGGCGAAACGGAGAAACCCGCUCAAAAAGAGCCAGAAAAAGACCUCGACAAACUCACCGCCGAGCAAGAAAAAGAAGACGCCGCCUUCCUCGAGAACCUCGCCCGCGACUCCAAAGAAUUCGACAAAGACAGCGAAAUCGAACGCAUCCGGCUCGCCUUCCGCGCCAACGCCUACGACGUGCUCGAUCUCCAACCUGGUGUCCCACCCGAAGAUAUCAAGAAAGCAUACCGCAAAAAGUCCCUGCUCAUCCAUCCCGAUAAGACCUCUAAUCCCAACGCGCAAGAUGCGUUCGACCGCCUCGCCAAAGCGUACCAAUACCUCCUCGACGAGAAGAAGCGCCCUCUACUCGACGAAGCGUACGGCGACGCGCGCAUGCUGGUGAUGCGGGACUUGGGACUAUCGGCAAACGAUGAGGAGGUCAAGGAUCCGGACGUGGACUUUGUCAAGAAGUGGAAGGACAAAGUCAAGUGGGUGUUGGCGGACAUGGAAGCGAGGAGGCAAAGGCAAAUGAAGGCGCAGAUGCAGGAAGAGGGAAGAGCGCAGAGGAAGGAGGACGAGGAGAUUGCGGAGAGGAAGAGGAAGAGGGACCACGAGCAGGAGUGGGAGAAGACGAGGGAUGAGAGGAUUGGGAGUUGGAGGGACUUUCAGAAGAAGAAGGACGGGGAGAAGACGGGGAAGAAGAAGAAGAUGAAGACUUUGGGGUGA